AUGGUGUGGAUAAGAAGAAAACACACUUUCCUGUUGAAGCUGACUUUUUACGUUUCUUAUUUGUCGCUUGCAAUUUACAUUUUCCAAAAUCUGUUCCAAGCAUAUACCUUAAAAGAACAGUACAAAACUGAGAAUUUGCAGAGUGGAAGUUUCAAAAGUUUUCCGUUAAAAACUAAAUCUAUUUCUGUUGGUUAUGCAUUUCUCUUACAUAGAGAAGAGAGGAUGAGAAAAAACAAUUAUGAAGAUUUAAUUAUACAAGAUAAAAAGACGCCGAUUUAUCACCAUUAUCCGUUAAAUGUCGACAUGAAAGGGAUUUUAGAAAAGAUCAAAAAGAGGGAACCAGUGUCGCUGACUGUUAUUAAUCCUCAUCCCUUUUCUUAUAUCAUUAAUCCAGAAAAAACUUGUCUGUCUUCGAAAAUCUCUUUGGUGAUCCUCGUAAAAUCAGCAGCUUCUCAUAUGGAAAACCGUGAUGCCAUCCGAAAGACUUGGGGAAAUAUUACGGAUCCAGCUAUAAGAAUUGUUUUUCUAAUAGGUUCUUCUAAGUUUAAUCCCCUUAUUAUGAGAGAAAAUGCUUUCCAUCAUGAUAUAAUACAGGAAGAUUUUCAGGACGUUUACAGAAAUAAUACAUACAAGACAAUAAUGGCUUUCAAAUGGGCAACAACAUACUGCUCCGGAGCUCGCUAUCUUCUCUUUGUCGAUGACGACUUUUAUGUGAACCUUCCAAAUUUGCGUUUCUUUUUACAAAAGUUUAUGAGUAACGUUUCUCUGCUCUCGGGGUAUGUUUUGCCCAUGUCUGAGCCUUUCCGUGACAAAUCCAGUAAAUGGUACGUUUCUUUUGACGAUUAUCCAUUCCAGAGAUAUCCGCCCUAUUUGGCAGGUGGUGCUAUAAUAGCAUCUAUGGAUGUUGCACAACAGAUGGCUACAGUUUUCCCGUACGUAAAAUACUUGGUUAUUGACGAUGCAUAUUUAGGCAUUGUUGCUUACAAACUUGGGAUACAUAUUUCACACAAUCGACAAAUUACAGACAAGCACUGUCAAGACUGGCGCUUACGCUCAAAGAUUGCUUGUCAUGGAUUUGGUAAUGCUAGUGUUCUGCUCCAAACCUGGAUUCGUUUGAAAGAUGUUACAACCCAAACUGGAAAUUAA